CUUUUAUUCAAAAACAGUCGCGCUUCUCAACGCAAAGUUGCCAAAAAUGAUGGCUUACGCUAUGAAAUCGGUAAUAUUUUUCUGCUUCUUCCUGAUGGUGUUCAGCCUUAACGCUUACGCCCAGCAAUGUGGACCGCUCAAUUCUCCGACAUGCGGUGGAUCAGCUGACCCGGGCUUUGGUGGUGGCGGCUGUAAUGAGGGCGUCAGAUGGUACUACAAUGGCGGAUCAAGACGUUGUGAAUCAUUCUACUAUUGGGGUUGUGCUGGCAAUUCGAAUCGCUAUUGUACCCAAUUUGCAUGCCAGCAACGUUGUGAAAUAUUUUGAUAAGAAGAAAAUUUGAGCCCCACUCUAAUGUUGAUGUUCGUGAAUGCUUUCAAAUGUAAUAAAAAUUUUAGGAAAUUAGUUAUAUACCUAUACUA